GGCAUCCCAACAAGACGUGGAUUGAACUGAAACGAUCCAUCCUUCUGUGCUCGGACGAAACCCCUAAAUUCCUCGAGUGAGUUUGGGGAUUCGUCUCUCCCCGAUCUUCCUGCAUUCUCCCCUCAGUUUGCACUCGCUCUUUGCCGUCAUCUUUGAUUUCAGUUGUUUAGACGUGAGUUAUCGCCCGAUUGAUCGUUUGAUCUCCCGUUUGUAGUCAGAUAAUUACGAUCUUCAGACCCAACUCUAGCCAUACAUAAUUAGCUUAUCUGGGUCAGGUCAGCGCUUUGCUGGUUCUCUAAGCUGGUUUGUAUUUAAUCUGCAGAAUUUAUUUUCUAAGUUGAUUCUUGUUCGUGCUCCAUAUUUGCCAUUUGGUCAAGUUGAUUAUCUUUGGAUUUAGGACGAAAACAUUAAGAACUAAGCAAGUCAUUUCUGUUUAUGUUCUCUCAUAUGCAGUAUAUUCCAGAUAUCCCAUAGUUUCGAAAAUGAAUACAGUGGCAAUGCUGCUUAACUUCAGUGAUGAGGAAGAUGUUUAACAAUCGAUCGGGAUUGGAUGAAAUAGGAGUAUCAGCAGCCUGUAGCCAGGACAGGAUGCACAUUGAGAAAUUGGAAGGGGAGUUGAGGAACUGCCACCAAGAGAUAGAAUAUUUGCAGGAUCAAUUGAAUUUGCGGAAUGUAGAGGCAAAUUUUAUGGCUGAACAUGUAGAGAGCCUUGAACUGAAGCUUGCAGGAGCUGAAAGAUUAAAUGAUAAGCUAAGGCUGAUCAGUGAGGAAUUAGUGCAAGCUGAUUCUCGGUGCAUGAUUUUGAUUGAGGAAUUGAAAUAUAAAGAGGAUGAGUUGAAAAAGUCUGACUUGCAAAUAGAGAACCUUGAGACAUCACUUCUAGAUUCACAAUGUGAAAUUGAGAGUUUAAAACUUGACAUUACUUCUCUAGAGCAGAGAUGCAUUGAAGCAGAGAGACUUGGGCAACAACUUGCUGAAGAAAAAACCAGGGUGGACAAGCGGUUGCACAUACUUGAAACUCAGCUUCAGGAGAUGCAACAGAUGAUUAGAUGUUUGGAAAAUGAGAAAAACACUCUGUUUGAGAGAAAUGCUAAACAAUCUUCCCUUAUUGUUGAACUUGACAAGAGACUGAGGCAAGAUAGCAAAGUGGGUAUCCAUUUAGACAAUCAACUGGAUUGGAGUUUCCUGCUUAAAUUAAGGGAAGAGCUUCCUUUGUCAAGAGACAUGUGCACUUCUGCAGAGAAUUUGGGUCCAUCCUCUGCGAAACUAGCUGCUGUAACAUCUCAAGAUGAACAUGUGAAGACUGAAAUAGAGAAGAUGGCAAAACAAAUUCAUGAAUCUGAUCUUCUAGUCAAUCAGCUUAAGGAAGAACUAAGGGAAGUAAAACUUAAGGCCAAGGAAGAAGCAGAAGAUCUUACUCAAGAAAUGGCUGAAUUGAGAUACCAGUUCACAGACAUGCUCGAAUUAGAAUCCAGACGUCGAGCUCUUGUUGAAGAAGCAUCUAUUAGGAGAGUUCAAGAUUUGGAGGCACAGGUGCAGAAAGAACAACAGAAAUCUAUUACAGCCCUUAGGCACUUCCAGGAAGUAAAUAAACUAGCUGAAAAGCAGUCCAUGGAAAUUAGGAGAUUAAAGACUGCACUGGAGAGGCUCGACCAGGCCCUCGGUUUGGAAUCAAGUUUUGAGUCCUGCUCUUCUGGUUGUUGCAAUAUCAAACAGAAUAUUUUGGACACCGAAGCACCCAAGGAGACUGAAGCUUUAGGUGUCGUCUAUGCCAACAAUGAGGUAGAUCACACUUUAGAGUGGCAUCCUAGUGAAGCUACUAAUGAUGUUGAGAAGGAUAAGGAUGUUAUCAAGGAAGAUUUAUGAAGGCCGAAAAAGCCCACCACUUGGUCUAAUUAUUGUUAUCAGUGCAGUUUGUAUCUGAAUCUGUGAUGAUAAUGAUCGCUGAUUAUUGUCCUCAUGGGCACAAGGUUUGAAUAUAAUGCUUGCAAAGGACAACAGAUGGUUACUGAGUGCAAAAUCCUACAGAUGGCUUCCUAUCAGCAAAUUGGUUUUGGUCGGGAAGAGGUUAGCAAUUGUUUUUUCUAUUGUUACCUUUUGUGGUGAUGCAUUAUUCUUGAAAAGUGGUUGAUACAACUCAAAUAGGAAAUCUGUUUUGGUAGAAAAUUGUGUUCGUGUUUUGUAUAUCCUGCAAAUGUUGUACAUCUACUUACAUGAAAUGGUAUUUUUAGUUAAGAAUUGGAUUGGGAUAGAAUGAUUCAUGAAAUGGUACAUCUACAAAUGGCCUGACCUUAUGUUAGGUGUGAUCCUAUGGUCGGGCUGUAGUUUCUUAAAAUAUAACCUGUCCAGGCUUUCAAUGAA